AUGCGUUUCAUCCUCUCCCACACGCGAAUCAUCCUCUGCCCGCCCGUUGUCGCCGCCUCUGCUGCUGCCUUGGCCGCCCUCUCCCCACUUGAUGCACGCCGUGCUGUGGAGAGGGGUAAGAAAAGGGAGGGGGGGCAGAAGGCCGCCUCUGCUGCUGCCUUGGCCGCCCCCUCCCCACUUGAUGCACGCCGGGCUGUGGAGACGGGUAAGAGGAGGGAGGGGAGGGAAUGGAGGGAGAGGAGGGAGAGGAAGGAGCGGAGAGAGAGGAGGGAGAGGAAGGAGAGGAAGGAGCGGAGAGAGAGGAGGGAGAGGAAGGAGAGGAGGGAGCGGAGGGAGAGGAGGGAGCGGAGGGAGAGGAGGGAGCGGAGGGCAGGAGGGAGAGGAGGGAGAGGAGGGAGCGCGGAGGGAGAGGGGUAA